AUGGCUGUCCUCUAUGGCAAAGAGGAGCAUGUCAACAAGGACAUGCGGGAGAUAGGGGGCCAGGCUGUGUGGUCAGUGACCAGCGCAAAGCCAGGCAAUGGAGUGGAGUUGCUGAGGGAUGGGAAGAGUGACACAUACUGGCAAUCUGACGGCACUCAGCCACAUCUGGUCAACAUGCAGUUUCAAAAGAAGAUGCUGGUGCAGGAGCUGCAUCUGUAUCUGGAUUUCAAACUUGACGAGAGCUACACCCCAAACAAGAUUGCCAUACGGGCUGGCAAUAGCUACUACGAUUUGAAGGAAAUCAUGCAAAUUGAUCUGGAAGAACCCCAGGGCUGGGUGAACAUCCCCCUGUCGAUGGAGGAGACUGGAGACUGCCUCAAGGCCUUGCUGUUGCAGAUUGCCGUCCUGUCCAACCACCAGAACGGGCGGGACACACACAUAAGGCAGAUCAAGGUGUAUGGCCCCAGGGUGGACCCCAUCAAGGCCCUAGGCUUCCCGAUCAACUUCACCUCCAAAGAAAUAAUGAGCGUCGCGUAUGUACGGUGA